AUGAUUUGGGGACCUAGUCCCAAUGGCUUGUUCUCAGUGAAAAGUGCUUAUAAAACUCAAAUGCAAGAGGUUAAUCCUCACCCGAAUACUCAAUUGCUUAAUGUUUUAUGGAAUCAGACUCUUCCUCCUAAGAUCAAAUUGUUUGGUUGGCUUCUUCUGCAUGGCAAAUUGCCAGUCAGACAAAGACUUAGCAGGUUCAUUCCCAGUAUUACUCUUCAAUUUGCACUCUGUCGGAAUCAACCUGAAUCUAUUAAUCACUUGUUCAUGCAUUGCAAUUUUGCUCAGCCAGUUUGGAAUUGUAUCCAUGGUUCUAUAGCUCCUAUUCCUACUGUUGGGGAUCACAUUGCUUGGUUAUCUUCUUUAAACACUACUGAUAACCAACAUGGUCCUAAUGAUUUUUGCAAAGGUCUCUUUAUCCGCAGGAAGAUCUGGGAUGCUCGUAACAGCCUCAUUUUUAAGGAUAUGGCACCUCAUCGUGCGCGAGUUCUCUAUUGCCAAUCUCAUUCACCUAGACUACUGGAAGGCGAAUCAGAAGCUCAAGAAACCCAAACAGGUUGUUCCCCCUAUCAAAUCGAAGCCUCAUCCCUCUGGUUGGAUCAAGCUCAACUUCGAUGGAUCAAUCAAAAAUGGAGUUGCUACCACAAGCUUUUUUUUAUUCAAAAUGACAACCGCCCACACCCUUCUAAAAAUAUUGGAGUCAAUUCCAUUACUAUGGCUGAAUGCCUUGCUCUGAGAGAUGGUCUAGCUCAUGCAGUUCACCAUGGAUGGUGUAAUAUCAUACUUGAAUGUGACUCUAAAGUGAUCAUUGAUGCUGCGAACAAGAAAUGCUCUGCCCCCUGGAGUAUUAUGCAACUUCUCCAAGAUGUCUCACACUUGGCCUCCGUUUGUAAUUUGAUUAAAUUCCAGCAUGCUUUCAGAGAGGCUAACUCGGUUGCUGAUGCUUUAGCUUCCUUGGGUCACUCUCUAACCCCUUCCAAGCUUUGGGUCGAUAGUUUCCCUCUUUCUGUUGUUAAUUCCUUUUAUCUUGACCUUUUCGGGUCUGGGUACCUCGUGGGUCUAG